GAUUAACUUACACGACGGUAGCUAAUUUCAACACGGAGUAUGUGGAUCGCUUUCGAAGGAGUUUUCCCUGUACAUAGGUCGUAAUUUUGAGAUUGAAGCCAUAACAUUUGCGGCAAAACGAUGAACCGUCUCGCGAAUUUUUUUCGUUGUAAGAAGUCGCAAGAAAAAGCUCGUCUAGCCGUCGGUCAGAAAUUUUGCUAUGGCGUUGGGCACAUUCUGAAUGACCUUGCUGCUAACACAUGGUUCAGCUAUCUUAUCAUUUACCUGACUAAAGUAGUUCGACUGUCCAACGGUCAUACAGGACUCGUUGUCUUGCUCGGACAAGUUACUGACGGAGUUUGUACACCAAUCAUCGCAAUACUGAACGACAAGACUGUGUGCCGAUAUGGACGGAGAAAGAUAUGGCAUAUUGUAGGGUCACUCUGUGUCAGUUGUACCUUCCCGCUUUUAUUUACACGGCUCAUUGGUGAUGAAGCCAACGACUCGCUAAAGCUUGCCUAUUACAUCAGCAUCGCUGCCUUUUUUCAGUUUGGCUGGGGUUGUGUUCAGAUCAGUCAUUUAUCUUUAAUCCCUGAGAUAGCCAUUAGUGAAUCCGAAAAAGUCGAGCUGAAUGCUAUAAGGUAAGCAAGAGGCGCUUGAAAUUUUAAACGCCGCAUGGCGCUCAAAUUAUUUCAGUUUCGUAUUAUCUUCGUAGAGCUAAAAUGACAUGUUUUUUCCAUGUUUGUGGAGUUCUUAUUUGGCUCACUGUUCAGUAUUAGCUUAUAAUAUGUACGUAUAAUAUAUAUUUUCACUUCAAUGAAUUCACCUCCUGCUGUCUUCGUUCGCUACUUUAGCAAGCUUAAGGUUAAGCUAUGUUACAUGUACGUUUUUUGUUUAAUUUUCUGAGCUUUGUUCUCCAUCACCUCUAUGUUACGUUGCCCUUUGCUCUAUCAGUAACAGAGUUUCGAAACUUAGGUUCAAGAAACUUAAAAUCUCUCAGAGAGUAGUGUAUUGAUUGAGGUGACGAUCGAGAGUCCAUUGAAUUAUUGGCCAUAUUUUUCAAAUUUCGGAUCUUGCCGAACAAGGGGUGAUGCAAUCGUAAAUUUCCUUCCGAACGAAUACGCUAAUAAUUUUGAAGCAAAACAUUUUGUUUCACCGAGGAACUGAUUUGUCCCGGAAAUUCUCGCAUCUUCCACUUGUCACUUCAGGUUUAGUCAAAGUUCUUCGCCGGAAAUCUACUGAAGUUAAUCAGUCAUAUUUUUCGCCGCUCACCCAGCGUGCGGCAUUUGUUUAUAUCAGUGUCCGAAAAAAAAAAAAAAAAGAAAAUACGUGACUCGGAAGUUGCGUUAUAAUUAGCGUUGUUUUCGGUAGAGUUUCUUUUCUGUUCAAUUGACGCCUUAAUAUACACGAAUCUGGUCAAAAAAGGACUCGGAUCGUAUCUUGCCGCGAUGAUUCGGUUAGAGGUUUCAUUGUUAGCCGCUCAGUUGACUGCCACGCGAACGAAGUCGCCAAUUUUUUCGAAUGAAACUAUAGUAUUCUGUCAAUAAUCUCAAGUUCAAGAUUUUUCUUGCGUUCAAACCCAUUGAAACUAAAAAAAAUGAAUUCGCGUGUGAAAUCAUUGAAAUGUAGAAACAGUAGUUCACUGAUGUACGUGAUCGAUUAAAACAUCUGCUAAUUUACAUACUGUUGGAUUAUAAUUUAUCAGGAUAAUCUUGUUAGUUUAUCACUCCACUCCCUGUGUUCUUAUAGGGGGGGUCAAAGUGCGAAGGUCGGCUUCUUUAAAACGCCAUAAAAAUAAUAAAAUGUGAGUUAGCACAGUUUUUAUUUUAAUUGAAAAUUCUCGCGAAUUACCCUCGCUUCAAUUUUUUUUUUCUUUCAACAGAUCGGCUCUACGAUUUAUUUGCGGUAUUUUUGUGUUUUGCGUGACAUGGGUUCUAUUAGGAAGAAGCUCAGAGGCAAGUAUUUCGCCCUCUAUGUGGCAGCAGUUUAUGGUAAGUUGCUUGUUUGCAUAUUUCUUUGGUAGGCUUUUUCGAAGAUGUGACACAAUGCUUGCACAAUACUUUUCUUUUGAGUUGCUGUCGCGUGACAUCUGAAAGAACGGCUACAGCAUGUCACGCAAUGUACUUCCGCUUAUUUUGUAAGUCAGCUGUUAUUUCUGAUGUUUUCUUGAACAAAUUUGCGCGGGAAUUUGCAGCGCGGCCGGCCAGAACUGAUCCCCUUGCGCAUGCCUGACAUUUAUCAUCGUGUUUCGCCGGGACAAUGUCAGCGAAAACUGAAGGAGUGGUGGAACGUUACCGGCGUUUGAUUAAAAUCCCAUCCUGGGAGAUAAGUAACGUAUUUUCUCAAUCAUGAUACUAAAGCUGGAAUAAAUUUCUUUGAGACUUGAACCUUUUCAUAACUUUCUUCUCAGUAUCUUGGUUUUAUUAUCGUCGCAACUGGCACUGUGUGUAACGUUGUGUUCCAUGUUGGAAUCAAAGAGCCUCCUUCUGAUGCUUUACUGAAGUGGUUGGAGGAACGUAAAAGUGGAAAUCACAAGUUCAAGCGGAGAGGAACCGAAAAAAGAGGUAAUUUAGCAACAGUCGAAGCGUUAAUGCCUAGAUGACAUCAACAUGUAACUUCUUUUGUCAAUUUAAGUACAUAAUCCAGCAAACAGGUGAUACGAAUUGACAAACUGAUCAGUCAAAGGGAACAAUCUUCGCAUAAGACCAACUUCCCUUUAAAAAUUUAUCAGCAAAAUUUUAGAGGUUUAGAGUGUAAAGCACUGAGAUCUAUGGGAAGGGAAAUACAAGUUACAAUUGAGCGGUUAAACACCAGAAAGUGCAGACAGAACCUAAUAAAUCGAACGUAUGGUAACACAGCAAGAUUCCAUAUCAUGCAAAAAUAGUAAGAGACUUUUGCCUCCUGUGGUCGAUGGUCCUUUCGAUAUUUUCUUCAUGGAUGAAAAUAAAUCAGCCCAAUAAACUGAUGAACAAAGUGCCAAGAGUUUCUUUCCACAACUUUUAGUGUACUAGAACAAAAUCGCCGAUCCAGAGAAUAUACUACAUUCGAAAACUAUGCGUUAAGAAAUUGAAGGACUGAAAAGGUGCAUGCAAUCGUCCAAAUAUAAUCCUCCGUCACUUUUGGGUUCCAAAUGGGUUUAAACCAAACUUGUCACAAGCCUGACGUGACGGUUAACUUCGGCUUCGUCGGAGUGAAUGUUUGGUUAUAGAAACCACUCAAAUAAAACGUUUUUGAAGUUCAGUGAUGCAGCUUUGCAUGGAUUUGAAACUGCAAUAACAAAGCAACCUAUGACCCAAUGUGCAGACUCGUUGGGUCUCACCCCUCGCGACAGUCAGUGCAGUCCCCACUUUCUGGUCACGUACGGAAAGUCCAAACUUUUCCUUUGUACACAGGUCUUUUGGCUCGGGCCGUGUAUCCACCGCCAUCUCCAAGCAGAAGAAGUGGAGCUUCGCCUGCUGUGGUGAUGACACUGUGCGAAAAAGAGAAGAAAAGAACGGCAGAUCCUAACGAAAGGACAGACUGUCCAGCAUGCCUGGAAGACGGGGAAGCACGGAAAUCCUCUAUGGAUAUUACCGAUAAAACAGCUAUUCCUGGCGGAGGAAGGAGCAAGCGACAGUGGAUGACAUGCCCUGGAAUGUAUAAAGUGAGUGUUGCCGCAAGAACUUCAGUGAGGUCCCGUUCUUGCCCAUACUGAAUUUUAUGGGUAACAUGUUGUAUGUUUACUCUCAUUACAGACUGGCUUGGUGUACAUUUGUACGCGUUUGUACGUGAAUGUUUCACAGUCAUAUUUGCCACUUUAUUUGACGGAGACAAUGCGAUUCGAGAAGGUAAGCCAUUGUCUUAACAAAUGUUGAAUAUUUGUAUCAUUUUAUCUGCAGUGCAAUCCUCCAUGAUGAUCUUACCUCCUCAAUCACACAUGGACAAUAAAUUUUAUUACCUCUUUAAACGUGCUGAUAAAAUUAUGUUUGUGUUUGGAAUGUUUAUCAUAGUUUGGGAAUUGCACGGAGAAGUUAUUUAGAAAAUGCGGAAAAAAAAGUCAGAGAAGCCUUAUUUUCUGUAGACUAAGUGGGUCUCCAGAUCAGGAUGGAAUUUACAGCCACCUUAAGCAUUUGAUUUUGUCAGAGGAGAGCCGGUUUCCGAAUUCAAACCCGAGAAACUUUAGUGUAGAGCUCUGUCACUAUUAUUAUUAACUAUAAUAUUCUUUGCAGGAAUCUAUUGCUUAUUUUCCUUUGGUUGUGUUGGUGACGGGAGUUUUGGCAAGUACAGCUGUCAAACCACUCAAUAAACGCCUUGGAAGCAAGGUUGGUUAUACUGUAAACUCUCUUUAGCAGCUUUUAGUAGAACAAAAUCAGUCAAAUUUGUUGGAUAUGGGAAGCCCUAAAUCUCCUUUCCUCGAAAUAUACGGUAAAGGAGAAUUGAAACAAUUUAUUCGUGCAGAAAAAGGGUAAGCUCUCUGGAAACAUUAACGAAUUUUGUUGCAUCGUUGGCCUGUCCAUUUGUUGGUAAAAAAAAUUUUUUUUAGACUUUGGAGGUGCGCUGUGGGAAGACAGCACCUUGCUCACACCUUUCGAGCCAGAAUUUAGUACGCACCCAGCCAUUAUAUCUCUCAUCCACUUUCAUACACGCAGCGAAUCUUUUUUUUCUUUUUUUUUUAAUUAAUGGAUCCUUCUUCUAACGUAGCUAGUACUCUUCAUCAUCCACAGAUCACAUUUUGUCUGGGUGCCAUGAUGGCCGUCAGUGCUAGCUUCUGGUUCUUUGUUCAAACAAUUGACGCACGGACUGCCGUGUAUGCGACCUCCAUGCUUAUGGGUAGUGGUGGUUCUGUCAUGCUUGUGACGUCAUUUUCCUUAAUCGCGCAGCUCAUUGGCCACGACAAGGUAAACAACAGACGUGAUUUUACAUAGCAGCUAUAGAGAGAAGAACGUGUAGUUUAUGCAGUUUGACAGCGUAUCUUUUUUUUAAAUUGAUGAUUGCUUUUUUUUGUUGUAGAGAUCCGGAGCUUUUGUGUACGGUUUUAUUGGUUUCUUUGAUAAAGUUUUCAGUGGCGCGAUAUUCGCCAUUAUUCAGCAACUAAAUCCUCGUAAAGAUCAAGGGUAAGCCGAGUUUUAGUUGAUUCCCGCUAUGUAGCGGCUUUCAUCUCCUUGGUAUUGAUCUCCAUGCUUCUUUCCGCGUUGAAAAUUUCUAAAAGCAACUUAAAAUUUUUCUAAAGUUGCUAAAACGUAAACAACGGACGCCGCCAUAUUGGAAAGGUCACAGUAACCUGGCCUUUCUCGCGUGUUGUCGCAGACUUUCAUCCAUUUGGCGGGAGCCACAAAGCGUGGUCCACAAACAGCAUUACUCUAGUCAUUGCAAUUGAUGUUUUUGUUACGUCUUGAAUCUGUUAAAGAAAGAAGUAUAUGUCAAGCACAAGGAGAAUUGAUAUUUGUAUAUGACGUCUCACGGUAGCUUUCCUUUUGCAGAGUUGAAUGCUCCAAGUGCGAUGAAUACACGCGUCACGUGCAAAGCAUCGUACCAGGCGCGGUUGCUGUUCUGGGACUUGUGUCAGUAAUGGUGUUCUUUGAGUCGAUUUUCGUGUGCAAGAAAAGAGGUGAGGAAAAGUUAUUUUGAAGUCGGAUCCCUAUUUUUUCUGUUUAAAAAAUUAACCAGAAGAACGUAAAAAUCUUGGGAGUGAAAGACAGUUAAGAUAAUGAGCGAAUUUGAUAACAUUUAGGCAGUAAAUCGAUUCUAUGAGAGGAACUAAUCCAAUUUUGAGAAAUUUAUUGUGUUUUCUGUUGGCCAAAGGGAACAGGGUUUUGAAUAAACGAUGGUUUUUUUUUUCACUUAGUUUUCUUCCUUAUUAACUUGCCCCCUUUAUCCUUUUAACCUUACUUACCACCUACUCCUUCUUGUCUUCUAGUCCCAAUUUAGACUUUUUCAAUGUGAGUCCCCUUGUUAUAAUAAGCGAUUUAAUUAUCAUCACCAGUCUCAGGAGAAUAAAUUUCAUAGUUGUGCCCUCCACGCCCUUUGUUUUCCGUGCCCUAUUCUUUCCUAUUUGGCCGUCGACUUUUCAUGAUACACAUUAUAAUGCUAUUUUGUUCAUUCUAGCGUCGACAACAGACGCCGCAGUCCAAGUUGAUUUAGAUGAAAUCCUAGGCGACGGUGACAGCAGCUCAAGUGGUGUGGAUACAUCCUCUAUGACAGAGAAUGCUGACAGCGAAGUUUGCCACAUCGGCAGUGCGGAAAAGGGAGCAUGUGCAACGCAAAGCAGACCUUUUGAUUGCUCUAUAGAAUCGCGGAACUUUCAUCCGAAGAAAACAACAAAGCAGAAUUAUGUCGCCAUACGACUGGCGUCUGUAUCGCUACCUUCUCCCGUGUUAGAUCGAAGAACGAUUAUAUAGUCUGUUCUGUAUACGCUGAGUGCUCCGUAUGAACGCGUUGAUAUAACGUGGUGUGGGGUGGGAAUUUAUUUAUUAUAAACUAACGCCAAAAUAUUAAUUUAUUGCACGGCAAGGCUUAUAUGUGAAUUGCAAGAGCAUUUUUGUAGUGGGACGGAGAAAGGGCUUGAUUGCUCGAGCCGGUACUCUUGAUUUUCUCAUAAUUGUGGCGAGCGUAAAAAUAAGAGAAAAAAUUAUGAAUAGCACUCGUAAAGGAUGCAACGUAACCCCGACAACGACAAGGAACAUGAUGACAAUGACAGCGACCAAACUGAUAUUUCUGUUGGCUGGGAGCGAGUAACAUUGUCAUUUCGUGUUUUGUUGCUCAGCUUUUGCAGCUAAACUCGCUCACUCUUCAGAUCUAAAUAAUAAUUCUCCGCAGUGUCUACCGUACAACUCUUGCAGUUUACCAUUGAAGAUUUGGUGGUAAAUCGAACAAUAUUCUCUAAUUAAUAUCUUUUCUAUCUUCUCGUCGCCGUCGUGUUUUAAAAUGUAUUGGUAUCGAAAGGUUGAUUUGAAAGGGUUAGGCAAGCAGUAAUGAAUUGUCGAGUGUCGAGUAACCUCGGCAAAAAUAAAUUUAGACACUGUGUGUCUUAGAAACUUAAGUCGUCCUUGACGAAAAACUUCAAAUGAACUACUUAUAAGUCCUCCUAAAUUUUUCUCAAGUUACUUCAAUUUCCACGGUUCCAGCGUAACAAAGAUGGAAAAUUUCUUAUAUGUAUUAAUAAAAAAUUUGGGACAAAUAAGGCACAUAAGGGUGGUUUUAUCAUAGAUACAUCCAAUAAUAAUAGUUUAAACUUCUUACGAUCUAGCAAAUGAUUUGCUGGAUAUAUUUCUUCUAUGCGUAAUAUCUUACCAUGUUUUAACCAUUAUCUGACCGUCAUGAAAACUAUAACAAAAUUCUCGAACGUGAUUGGUUAUUACCUGCCCGAAAUUAACACUAAGAGGACAGUGUCGGCGUCAUACCCGUCAGUUUGUGUCUCAAAUUUUAACUUAGUUUUGAUCAAUUGUUAACAAUUUUCGUCCAGUUCUGCGUGUAGUCAUACUUAUGAUUGGCGAUCGAAAUUCCGCCUCGCGGUCGUUCCAUUUUGUUAAUCAGUCGUAUGAUUACGAACUGAAUUGGACUUCACUCAGUCCUUUUCACCCUUGUCACGCCGCUCUGUUUUCAAAGCGGGAAAUCUUUGAUAUUUCAGCGUGAUGCAUUCAGUUAUUUAGGAGACUCGCUUUUUCUCGGAAACCAUCAUGAUUUGUGUUUAUUUUAUUUCUGCUGCUACCGUUUCCAUUACCAAAUAAGGAUGUUACAUAAGGUUAAAAUCGAUUUUACGGUGUAGGCGUAGGUAUAUCACGGGUCAGUCACAAGACAUGCUCUUACUCAGCUCUAUGCAUUGAGGACAAUGACGCAUUUUAAAGCCGCAUUUAAUUGAAACAAAGAUCGCUUGUAAUCAGAGUAAAUCUUUAAUUAGAUUUUAAUUAAGUCAUUUUUUCGCGUCGCUGUUUUGCAGUAACCUGUUGCGGCUAUUUUUUUUAGAACAUGCAAACAAUUAACAAUAUUUUGCUUAUAAGAUGAAAAUAUCAGAGCUUGAUGCAGUAAAAUUCUUCAGCCACUCGAUCCUAUCUGACGGUUAACGCAAACACGUAUGCCCCCUUAUCAAAUCAAACGUAUUGAUUGCUGAGCCCGGAAAUUCCUGUUUUCUCUUUCAAACCACAUUUUGCAGCCUGAAGUAUGGCUGUGUUCAAAUGUUUGGGUGCCGGUGUAAACGAGAAGGAUUCAACCUUUAAAAAGGCUAACAAGAAAGAACGGCUACCCAUUGGGCAAAAGUUUUCUCAUGGCGUGGGCCAUAUUUACAACGAUUUGACUGCUAACGCAUGGUUCAGCUAUUUAAUAAUUUUCCUUACCAAGGUCGCAGGGUUGUCAAAUUUUUAUGCCGGGCUGGUUAUACUCGCCGGUCAAAUAACCGAUGCGACUUGCACUCCAUUCAGCGGAUUUUUAAACGAUCGCACAGUGAAUACUUACGGCCGGCGCAAAACCUGGCAUUUAAUUGGGACAGUAUGCAGCACGCUCGCCUUCCCUCUUUUAUUUAACCGAUGUCCCGGUUGCCAGGAUAGCAGUGAAGCAGUAAAGCUCACGUACUACGUCAUCUGUGGUUGUGUUCUUCAAUUAGGCUGGGGAUGCGUUCAAGUCAGUCAUUUGUCGCUGAUACCAGAAAUAUCCAAAUCAGCCAGUGAACGAGUCGAGCUGAAUGCCAUCAGGUACGUGUCCUAAUAGCAGUACCACUUUACGAACCACGAUUACAGUAGAAAUUAUCUUUUUAAAAACUCUUCAUAGACAUUUCAUAACAGGUUUUAAGAAUCAACGGCUCAAUCAGAAACUAGUUUUGAAAGUAAUAAAAAAGUAAAUAUUGCUAAAACCGUAAGUCAAAACAGGCACAUUUUGAGGGGGAAAAUUUUUUUGUUUCAUUUGCCACAGUAUUUACCAUAUCGUUUUAAAAUUUCGUGUACUGCUCUUUGAAAAUACACUGUGUUGUCUUUUAACUAUUGUCGCUGUUUAAGUUGAAUCAAAGUUUACAUUUUUUGCUUGCCCUCGUGAAUAUUUUAUUCAAGAUAAAAAAAUAUGUUUUCGUUAGUCUGGCAGGUACUUGUCGCUACACUCUUGAGAUAUUUUCCGGAAACGAAACCAAACUCUUGCUGCGCAAAGCAACGUGGUAGAUCACGUGGCCAGAAAAAUUUUACAAAAUGUCGAAUUAUGUGCGUUUCAAAAACAGUAUGCAGUUGAAUAGUCGUAGACAAUUCCAGUACGGCUGAAAACGGAUAAAUUCCUGGUUUCGGGGAUAAAAAUCAAACCAGAUUUUUCCCGGAUAACAUAACUUGCGUGCCAGCCUCGUUAGCACGAUGUCCUCUCAUUAUUAUAAUCUGCAUAGUAUUUCGAUUUGCCCCGGCGGUUUAAAAUUUUUUUCUAUUUUCCUCUCUCUCUCUCUCUCUCUCUUUUUUUUUUUUUUUUUUUGCGGUCGGAGUUUCCGCAGUCAGUGAACCAUCGAGAAAGAAGCCUUGUUAAAGUAUUUCAAAAGCUGUUCUUGUGUCACGCGACUUUUCUCCCAGAAACUAAAAAAAUGCUCGGUUCAGGGUUUUUCACGUUGGGGCACGCUACGUCAACAGAUCGCCGCUAGCAAAGUGAAAGUCCAAGCCGGUAGCCUUGUUCAAGUUUGCAGCUCGCUGCAACUGCUUCUUUUAUAUUGUGAAAUUUUCUCAGGAAAAAAAAGGAUUUUUAACUUAGGGCUGGGGAGAGAAACGGAAGGAAGUGUCAAACAGGUUUAGCUGUAUCAUAUGCGCUUUAAAUUUCAUAUCGUUAUCGAAAUGCUUUCGGUGGUUUAAAACCUCAUUUUUUAUUACGUAGAGGAAGGAUUACUACUCCUCUAGAAAGAACUGCGUGGGAGGCCAUUUUGUGCGAGUGUUGGAUCAGUUUAAAACUUUUUAGUAACGCCAAAUUCUGCUUCAUCAUGAAGAAUGUGUAUAUAACCCUCCAGACGACUAAAAAAACAAUUUUUAUUUGAAACUGUUUUUAUGAUAAAUAAUGCAUCUUUUUUCAAUACUAAUAAUGAAUAACACACAGUCCAUCCAUGCACCAGGGUUUUCAUUUGAGGCCGGAGGCCGGACGUUUCGUCCGGUCGUUUGCCAUUCCACGUCCGGUACUUUGAGAUCAAUAUUGGCGAUUUUUUUUUACUUCUGUAAAUGGCGUUUCUGAGUAUUCUAUUUUAAAAAUUUCCUGGGGGAGCAUGCCCUCAGACCCCCCUAGGUGCUUGCGCCUUCGGCGCUCGCGAGGCGCCUGACGGCGCCAAGAAAACAUUCACGUCCGGUGCUUUCAGAAGUAUGUCCGCUACUUUACAAAACAGUUGAAAACCCUGAUGCACGCUUUAAAAUCAUCCAAAAUCAAUUACAAAAGAGCAAAAUAUUAUCUUGAUAAAUGAGCUGUGUUCCAAUAAGGACGCCAAAACAUGGGACCCUUUUGAUUAAUCAUUAAUUUUGGCACCAAUAUUCUGAAAUUCAGUUUUAAUGAAUCACAAACGAUUAGUGGUUUGAUUUGGAGAAUUUAAUGUGGUAGGCAGCUUCGCUUUAAUAAUUACUAACAUUGGAUUUACAGUAGAAAAAUUUGAAUGCCCCGUGUAUAGAAAAACUGUACAGUGCUGUUUUAUUACGUAACAAUUUUACGAACCAAAUCGGGUCGCUAGACGAUCUUCAACAACUCGUGAUUGGAUUUCGGAGAUCCCUGGGGAUCGAUUCGGCGUCAUUCAUUUUUUUAAAGGCAAUUUUGGCAAGCUCAUAUAAGCUCCUGGUAAACUGUCCAAGACAACGUACUUUAGUUCCCAGUUAGGAGGUCGGUUUCUAUGAACGCACUCCGUUGGUUUUCCGGCUUCACGGAAAGAAACACAUCCAAGAAAGACAGGCUUUCUUUAACACAGCGAUUGUGUUACUCUGUUGGUCAUGUUUUGAACGAUUUGGCAGGUAAUGCGUGGUUUAGCUACCUUCUGGUAUUUCUUACCAAAGUAGCUGGACUCUCAAACGCCAGCGCAGGUUUUGUAGUACUUUUGAGUCAAGUAUUCGAGGGUAUCUGCACGCCUGUUGCUGGGGUAUUCUGCGAUAAAACAAAGUGCAAAUAUGGACGGCGAAAAUCAUGGCAUUUCAUUGGAACUGCUUGCGUUACGACAUCAUUUCCUUUCAUUUUCAAUCGAUGCUUGGGCUGUGCGGAGAGCAGCAAUGCUGUGAAAUUUUUAUACUAUACCGGGUUUUCUAUGGUAUUUGGGUUUGGUUGGGGAUGCACUCAAAUUGGACAUUUAUCACUGAUUCCUGAAAUCAGCAAACGGGAGAGCGAAAGAGUUGAGCUUAGUGCGUUCCGGUGAGUGUGCUUUUUUUUUUUUUUUUUUUUUUAAUAUAUAGCGCUAUCCAAAUACUUUGGUUCUCUUUUUGCUAGGUAGAUAUAUAUAUAUAUAUUUUUUUUGCAUUCACUCUCAAGUAAACUUUUCUGUGGGGUUUGAAAGCAACUAUAGUAAUUGUGCAAUGAUGCUGAAAGUCGUGAUCGUCUAAUUCCAACCACAACUGAAGAUUUGUUUGACAAUGAAUUCUUCCUGUUUUCAUAAGAUAAUAAUAAAAAAACGGCAAAUUCAAAGCUAGGGACGGAGAGAGCUGACUCAAGAUUCAAAAUUUCGGAGAGGAAGGAAAAGUCAUUUAGGUUUAACAUGGCUGGUGUUUCUAUUUUUUUUUCCCUUUUGGUGAGGAAAUUUAGUAAGGGCUUCUGUUAGGAGACUAGGACAUAUGCUUUGUUUUCCUAUAUAAGAAAACCUAGAUUUGAGGAUAACAAUUUUGUUUAAGUUUUGGGUCUGAAAUGUUCUCAAGAAGUUCAUAUAAUUACAUGGAGUAGUAUUCUUUUUGUUAAGUACAGAUUAAGCCGGCCUAUAAACAGAUCUCCUUCGGUGAAUCUUGCGAUGGAAACAUUUGUUAAGUACAGACUAAGCUGGCCUAUACAUCAAAGAAUAAGACGUCUGGGUGUUUGCGUUCAGUGCCACACCCUCUGGAGGUUUUAUCUGUUGACCUCUUGACCCCUCGUAGCAUCUAAUUUCUCCCUUCAAUCACAAAUCAGUCAGCACAGUAAGGUCUCAAUGAUAAAGGAAAUGAUCACCAACUAAAGAUGCUCUUGAUUGUUAAACAAAUUCUCCUUGUCAGUAACUUUGGAAAUGUGUAGAGAACAGAAUGAAAAAUAAGAAUAUUUAUGUUAGGGUGUGAAAGGUAGCAGAUACCCAUGUAGCUACUAUAGCCGAGCUCUUUUGGAGUCUUUUCAGUCCCUCGGGCACCGUGAAUGUGGGAAAAAGCCUGAGUCCAUUGAAGCCAUUCUAUAGGAGGUCACAAAACGCGAGUUUGGGGGCGCGUUGUGUGAUGCCCUAAAUAAAAGCUGCGCAAAAGUGGGCGUGCAAUAACGGCGCGGCUGUUUGUCCGUCCUUUGUUAUCUGCCCGUUCUUUCGCUCGUCUCUACAGAGCUGUACAGACUGAGAGAGGGCCUGGAAGAGGUUAAGCUAUUAUGGCGUCACUAACAACAAUAGUUUCUCGUUACCAGGUCCGCCCUUACAUUUCUUUGUGGUAUUUACGUUUAUGGAGUCACGUGGAUUCUUCUUGGUCAAAGCAAAGAAGAGACACUUUCUCCGAAUGUUUGGAAGCAAUUUAUGGUGAGUCACAUGAGUGCUGUUCAGGUAGCCUUACUUUUUAAUUCUCUUCUUGUACAUUUUUGCUCCCAAAGAAACUGUUUCUUUGAUAUCAUGGCCAUUCAACCAGGAAAACGAAGAUUUAUUUCCACGGGGCAAUAACCUGGCAGGAAACGCAGUGGCCUGGUGGCAUCGAAUCCAAACGCACCGGAGGUCAGAUCGAUAGGUCUGGAUCCGAGUCUCGGCUGGACCAAUGUGAUUUUGAACGAGACACUUUACUCUCACAGUGCCUCACUCGAUCCAGGAGUAUAAAUGGAUACAGGAGAAACUGCCAGGAAAAUCUGACAAAAUGUCGGGAUGGGAUGGGGGCCGGGGUGGGAUGGGGGCAGGGGUGGGAUGGGGGCAGGGGUUUACCGGUAAUGGACUCACAUUCUAUUCAGAUGAAAAAGCAAUACUCCGACACUGCGAGUCUCCUCUAAGCUCGUAAUACUCAUUGUUAUUCUUCACAAUUGUCAUAAAUUCAUAUUUCUCUCAUUUAGUAUCUUGGUUUUAUCGUGGUGGGAACUGGUACGUUGUUUAAUAUCAUUUUCCACGUCGGAACGAGAGAGCCUCCUUCAGAAGCCUUGCUGGAACGGCAGAAGAAAAAUGUUCAGGGUACCAGUGAGAAAAAAGGUGAAUGUUCUGGAAGCCUUAAAAGGCCACGUUUUGCUCGCUCGAGUUUGUAUUUAAUACUAUUUAGAUGUAUUUAAGGCGAUCUGCUGAGAUUCGUUUAUAGUACACAUGUGAACAUUAAAUUUUUACGGUAAGUGAAAUCAUAUUUAGACGAGUAGAUCGGCUUAUCAUAAUUUUCCGAACUUUCAAUUUUUAGAAUGAAUCAAGAGAAUAAUCAAGCUUUGGCGCCCAACCCUCGGAUUUACAAGGAAAUAAAAUUUUCAGAUUUAAAGCACACUCUAAAUAAGCUACUUAGCACUUAAUAAUAAUAAUUAAUUUCAAUUAUUGAUUUAUGAUUAUCAGCAAUUAUUUAUAAAGAUUUUAUUUUGCACCAGCUCUUCUCAAAGUUGAUUGUGAUCCUUCCCCUUCGACUCGUCGUUCAUCUCAGCGAGUAACCACGUCUGUAUGCGGCAAAUCAGAGACAGCAUCAUCCUCAUCUUGCAGUGACGAACUCACUUCCAUUGAGUCAACGUUGGUAGAAAAGCAGGCGGAAACUCCGGGUCAAUAUGACAUCAUUGAUAGGAGUGCCUCAAAAGGAGGCCAAAAGACUUGGAAAGACUGGCUAAAAGACCCCGCCUUUUAUAAGGUAUGUCCUUGAAAUUGAUGACGUCAUCAUGACAAGAUGGCCUUAUUUUCGUAUUAUUUAAGCCUAGGGUUUUCUACGGAAUAGAUGAACCUUUCGGCUCCCAAGAUCUCAAUGUUAAUUCUCCCUUCCAACUGUUCCACAUUUCCUUGUAACCUGGUCACGAGAAUUUGGUGUUAGAUCAAGAUAACAACUUCUACCCGAUAAAUAUGAGUAUUCAUAUCUCCUAUUUGCUGGAUUAAGUAUGGAUAUCAUGAGGAGAACUUACAUGUUAAUCACUGCCAGAAGUUGAAGAGUUAAGUGAGCGUUAGGCGGGGUGGCGAAGCAAAAUCCGUCCCACGUGAUUUUUUGGCUUUCUUGGCGCGGAAAAAAUCUACAUUUACUUCACGCGUUAUAUUAAUGUUUUGGCGGAGAAGGAAUACAUCAGCCGCACGGGUUAAACAAAUGCGCUGAAUUUGCCGCACGUGAUUGGACGAUGGACUUGAUGAACGUAAAAUCUCCGCAACCGGGAGUGGGCCAAGACAUCUUACCCGAGGAUAAAGCUUAUAUGAGGAAUUGAGCAUCUUAGCCUGCGAGCACGGUUAAUUAUUAGUGCUUAUUGGCAAGAUUGUUUCCUCGCCAGCGGGAAAGUAUAUGGCCUUGAGAGAGUCUGGCACUCGUUAGAUUUUUAUUAGUGCCAGACCACACUCUGAUUCGUUUCGAAUCUUUCCACGGGCGGAGAAACGCGCGUCGUGUAGUGCUUAUAGUGAAGGCGAACUCGCACGCUAUCAUCGUUAUAUUAUAAUACCAUUUUUUAAUGCUGAGAUUGCGAAUUAAUUUUUUAAUUUGAAAGCUUCCAAAGAUACGAAAUUGUGGUUGUUAUGGGGGUUUUUAUGAUAAGAUUUACUCAGAGUGAUAACGCGUUGAAUUCUUGUUCCUCUUGUUCCAGGAUGCGUUUGAUCGAUUUGAAGAGGGCUGCUCAAAUCUUGAUUUUCUGUUCUUCCUCUUUGCAGACUGGUUUAGUUUACACUUGCAGUAGGCUUGUUGUAAAUGUCUCUCAGUCGUAUUUACCACUUUACCUGACAGAAACACUCAAAUUUGAAAAGGUUAGUAUAAAGCUGGUCAUAAAUCGCAGAGGUUUAAAUGGCCUAUUUCAGGUGUUCAGUUAGAAAAAUGUUGCGAAGUAUUAAACGGCACUAUGGUAGCGGCAGAGCGAAAACGAGGGAGUCGCGACUCGAACCAAACCUCUUUUUUUUCCGCGCCGCUACCAGCGCGCUUCGGAUUAUUAACUGAACUCCUUGAACCGGAUUAAGUUUAAAUGAAUUUUUCGCAAUUCGAAGGCAAUUCCUUGAUGAUGAACGAGCUGAAUUUGUGAUUUUUUUGUAGGAAGCUAUCGCCUAUUUCCCUCUUGUGGUGCUGAUCAGUGGGGUAUUUGCUAGUGGAACAGUCAAGCCGCUGAACAAAAGACUUGGUAGUAAAGUAAGGUUAUUACAUGUAAACAAUGUUAAGGAUUGGUCUUUUUAAACCCAUAUGCAAAGCCUACACUUGAGCCCAUCCAUCCAGUUUAUCGUCCUUUCCUUAGCAUGAGACGACUGGGAGUUAAAGCAAGGUUGCCCUCCCUUCCCCCCCUUCCCCCAAACAUUUCAUCAGGCUUCCCUGAUUAUUCGCGUAUACCCAUUUAUAUUCUUGGUUGGAGAGAGGCACAGUGAAAGUUAAGUAUUUUGCACAAGAAAAAACACAAUUGACCCAGCCAGGUCUCGAAUCCAGACCUCUCAACCAAGAGUCCAGUGUACUGGUCACUAGUCCACCUCGUCCUCUCCCUCUUCUUAAAGUGGCUCCUGAAAGCGUGAUGUUAAUCAUAAUUUUUCCCUCUCAGAUAACAUUUUCCUUGGGUUGUAUGCUGGCCUUGAGUGCUUGCUUUUGGUUCUACGUUCAGGACAUUAAAGGAAAGAAUGUUAUUUACGUCACUGCGGUUAUUAUGGGAUGUGGAGGAUCUGUUAUGCUGGUGACGUCAUUAUCUCUCAUAGCAGAGCUGAUUGGUCAUGACAAGGUAAACGGAAAUGCGCAAAACGUGAUUUCUCAUCAAUUUUGUCCCAAAAGCCACGAUCGUUUUUCUCAACGGAAUGGAUUUUAUGGAAUAAGUUAUAUUUGUAAAACAAUCAGACAGCCAAGAGCAAAAUAACAUUAAAGCUAGAAUUAUCACGCAACCUUCAAAACUAAUUUUUUUUUGAAGACGUUGAUAGAAAGUUUUUAAUGAAAAAAUUAUGACUUUUGAACAAAAUUAUGUCCAUCAAUUACAGCUGGAAACCUGCUCGUGACGUGCAUUUCUUCAAAACAUUGCUGCUCAUGUAAACAAAAGCACUUAACUAUUUUUAAUCUCGCUGCAAAAUUUGUCGGAAAAUGUUACACUUUCUUCUCAGAAGUUUAGAAGUAACAAUGUGAAGCAUGCUGGAAUUAUGAGGUAUUUUAAUAUAAAUUUAAGUUUAAUUUUUUCCUCUUUUUCCCAAGAUUAUAAAUUUUUAAAAGCUAUUACUCGCACCUCUUUUAAGUUAUUUAACUCAGUGUUUUUCAAGCUGGUUGUUAUUAUGCAAAUUUAUAAUUUUAUUCAUUCCUAAGAAAUCCGGCGCCUUCGUUUACGGGACAAUCAGCUUCACAGACAAACUGUCCAGCGGUGUCACCAUUGCUAUAAUUCAAGAAAUGAAUCCGCGUACUGACAUGACGUAAGUAGUCACAAUUCCCUCUCUAUGAGAGUUGGGUGCAAAUUAUCAUCCGACGGGUUUAAGUGACUCUACCCAAGGUCCGUUCAGGUUCAAUCAGUAAACUGUACACCGGCUGGCUAGUCUGUAAGUCAGGCCAGUCAGUUAGUAGUUCAGAAAGUCAGUCAGUCGCUCAAUAAGUCACAGUGAGUAAGUCGUUGAGUUGAUCGGUUGUUCGGUGAGUCAGUCAUAGCCAGCUACUUAAUCAGUCAACCAGUCAGUCAUUCAGUCAGUCACUCACUCACUCAGUCAUUUGGCCAAUUGGCCGUCCAGCCUGCUAACUGGCUAGUGCUUCAGUCGGUCAUCCAGCGAGCUAUAUAGCUAGUACGCCGGCCAGUCAGUCAAUCAGUUGAUCUGUCAGUUAGUCUGUCAACCAAUUUCUUAUCGACAAUAAAUUUAUUUAUGAGUCAUUUAACAACAGGGUCACACUGAAGUUUGUAGGAAAUGUUAGUUAGGUUACUACUUAGCUCGCAGAAACUUGGAUGGCACAAAAUAAGCUCUAGAUUUGAGUCUAGAAUAUCCGAGAGUAGGCCCCUUUGACAAAAAAUUGUUGUAUUUUACCAUCAGUGGAGCCUUCUCAUAGGUUUGAUACGUUCUCUCCCUCCCUUAGUGCGGUUUGUCCAUCCUGUGAUGAAUUUGUGAGAAACGUCCAAAGUUUCGCUCCGGGGCUAGCUGCGCUGGUUGCUCUAAUUUCCAUUAUGCUGUUUUUUGAUUCAGUCUUCGUUUGUAAGAGGAAAGGUAAGUGUUCAGUUUCACAAGCUGUGCUUAAGCCUCUUAGGAAUCAGAUAGUGGGGUACAAAGACAAACAGUGAGAAGCGCCAUGGCCUGAUGGUUGGUGCGCUGGACUCAGGGUGAGAAUUUCGGAUUCGAUACCUGGCUAGGUCAUUGUGUUUUGAUUUUGGAAAAAACACUUUGCUCUCACUGUACCUCUCUACUCAGGAGUAUAAAUUGCUAUCGGGAAAUAUUCAGGGUAACCUUUUAAAAUUUCUGGGGUGUGGCCAUGCAUCUUUGCACCUACCCCCCCAUCCAUGGAUGGUAAUAUGUAGGGGGUGGUAAUAACACCAUGGAAACACCAUGGAAACCGGCAUAAGCUCCGCCUACAUGAACCACUUGGCUCGAGUACUGACUUUGUUGACAACCACAACAUGGGAUGGGUUUUGAGUCAGGAGGUUUGUAAGAGCAUUGCUACACUUGAGAACUAGUUUGUCAUGUUUCCAUGAGAAUCAACUGGUUAGUACCCAUUAAAAGUCCUGGGCUGAGUGAGAGUAGAACAUUUCGCUCCAGUAUCAUAUCCACCUGGAGCAUGAACUCGUCCAACCCCAUGGACUCUCACCACUUGGUUCUCAUUGGAACAAAGGAAAUAUGUAACAACCAUGGUGUAGCGUUUUUUUUUUUUUUCAUAACGAGCUAGUGUUAGUACUUUUACCUAAAAGGUUUUUAUUUUCGGACCACGCGCUGGACUUCAUCGAAAAUGAAUUGGGAGGAGACGAGUGGGAAUAGCAAGCGUGUGUUGAGGACUGCGUCGUUAGCUUCACGCCUUGGAGUGAUUUGGCAGAUGUAGACUAACUAUGGUAUCGCAUUCAGCCAUUUCUGGCGGUAACUGUAAAAUGAUUUUUCUUACAGUGGAAAAAGUUGAUAUGGCCGUACAGACUAAUGAUGGAAGUUGUGAAGAAGGGAGCAGCUGUAAAAUCGCACAAUUCUACGAGGAAGUGGAAAAAGAGAAAGAGAAAGAGUGUGAGAAGUCUUUGAAAUUGGAUCACGAUUUCGAGAAGAAUUCAUCCAGUGUAAGAGAUGUUUAUGGGUUUCCCCGAGCCAUGAACAACUAUGCUGCCAGUAGGUUGGCUUCUCCUCAGCUACCGUCUCCAUUAUUGGACCGACGCACUGUACUGUAAUCACCCUAUCGCCUGUUUUUCUCUAAUUAUUGCAGAGCACUGUUGCACAGCGGCUAAAUAACAGCAGUACGUUAUUGUUGUCCAUGAUGCAUCAAGCAUUGAUCAUGUGCAACCCGUUGCCAGGGUACACUAUGUAUUAUAUUAUUACUAUACAUUAGUGGUUCUAAACCUGCACAAGGAAAAAACUUGAACAUUAUUUUGUCCGGUCAAUAGGACCCUAAGUUAAUUACUUUUUUUAUCUAAAAAGUUCAAAUUAGUCUUAAAAAAACUUCUUGGACACUUUGCGUCGGGAAGCCUUUACAGAGCCAUCUCAAAUUUUCUUAAGUUAACUAAACCGAGAACAAAAGGCGAAAGUAAAAGAUCCUGAAAAACAUUCCUAAAAGGAGGGUAACCAGUUCUCGCGACAAAACAGGUAAAAAAAAAAAAUAAUGAUAAAAUCGACGUAUACAUUGAAAUAAGUAGACUGGAAACAAUACCAUGACUUAACUUUGGUCUUCGUAUUCAAUUUGUUUUGUAGUUCUGAGGUAGAUUUCUGUAAGGGAUGAAUAAUAAAAGUAAAGGGGUUGUGUAAUAUGACGUCAUUGACAAACACUUAUGGUAUAGCCUACCAAUGCAAAAUUAUGAGGUGCAGUCGGUCCAGUUGCCAUGACAACCAGGCGGAAGUGCAGCUUCACUUCGUCUAGAUACCUCAAUUAUGGUUUUGUUUUGUUUUGUUUAGUUUUAUCUUCAGUUUCGAUGUAUUUCCAUUCCUCUCUACGUAUACCUGUUACACAUUGCACAGAGAAAAAUGGUUUAAUGGAAAGCUUAUAUUUUCCCAGUAAUUAAACAUAAGCAGCCUCUGACGUCUUAUUCAUUUGAAAAGGUUGUUCUUGCUGGGUGAUAUUAUUUCUAUGGUUAAAUUUUUUCAUCAAUACCGAAGUGCACAUAAAAACGCUUUUAUUCCACAGGUUUAAUUUACAACACAGAAAUUUACAUUGUUUAGGAUCAGC